UCUCCCACCUUGGAAAGAUAACAGAAUAACUUAAACAAUCUCAUCAUUUUCAACAUUUUUAAUCGGUCAUCUCCUCUCCUAUUCUCCCUUCAUUCCAAGAAUUUUUCUUAAAACAGCCCACCGACAUGCAUCGAUCAAUCAAUUUACAGAAUUCGCUGCCUUACGAUAUUGCCCUCAAAAUCGCCUCAUCUCUUCCGGUUUUUGAUGUGUGUUCAUUAGGAAGUUGCUCGAGGUUCUGGAGGGAGCUGUGUGGGUCUGAUUGUGUGUGGGAAGGUCUAUGCAAGGACAGGUGGCCUCUAAUUUUUGAGGAUCAGAGUGAAUCCAACGAUCAGAAAUUGACCCCCAAUUCCAAGAGAUGGAGAGGUUUGUACGUAAGCAAGCACAACGAGAUGGCAGGAAAAGUAGGGUCAGUCAUGGAUUUUAUUGAAAGAGCUUUAGCUUAUGAGUCCAUCGAGGUUGGGAAUUAUUUGAAGGCAGUUGAACUAUUGAACUCGCAUCAGGCUGGAUUCAAAGAUGUUCAGAUGUUCUUGCUCAAGCCAGAGCUCAACGUGCUGCUUAACUUGGUUGGCUUGCAUUACUGCGUCGUUUGGCUUGAAAUCCCGGCUGAGAAUGUGAUCGAAGCACUCGAUAGCAGCGAGGUCUCGGAGAGGCAGGUGUGCGUCCAGUGGUGGAAGCUCGGGCGAUGGUUCUACGGGUUUCGCCUAAGGGACGAGUUCCACUUGAGGAACGUCUCGUUGGGGGAUCUCGCCGUGUCCAAGGAGGAAGUCCUCGGCGUGCUUCAUCGUGGCGCGGUCCACGAGGUUAUCCGUGUGCAGAUCUCUGCUGCUAAGUCAACUCACACCUCCUGGUCUCACCAAGUUGCUCAUGUGUGAUGAUAUGGAAAGGAUUUGAUUUUUCAACAAUGUAAAUAUAUGGGGUUGCAAUUUCUUCAAUUUCUUUGUAAAUGUAUAAUAAUCAUGUAAAGUUUAGAUCAAACUGAUUGCAUUAUGCUUAAAGAUAAGAAUGUGUUUGUACAGUA